UUUUUCCAAAAUCAAGAAUUGAAAAAAAAUGGCCACUUCCUUCACAACCCACAUCCUUAUUCCCCUCCACCACCACCACCACCACCAUCGCCGCCGUAGUCACCGUCUCUGGCUACCAUGCACGGCGGAGCAGCCGCCGGAGACGACGAGUCUUCAAUCUUGGUCAAAAGAUUAUACACACUGGAAUCAAGUCACAAGAAUCUUGUAGAACAAUUCAAUGAGUUAUUGGAAGAAAAGAAGAUUGAUGAUGAUGAUAUUAUGGAUAAAGAUGAGAAAUUAAUGGAUUCGGGUCAAAUGGGUUUUCGGGUUCCGGGUUAUUUUGUUACUGGGAGUCCAUAUAGGAAUGUGUUGAAUUAUAUGGGUCAUGCUGUUCAUGUUAGUAGAGCUACUACUGGUGAAAUCAUUUAUUGGAAUCGAUCUGCUGAAAGGCUUUACGGUUAUAAAGAGCAUGAAGUACUUGGACAGAUAACCACGGAGUUUCUUAUAUGUGAAGAAUAUCAUGAGCUGGUAAGGAUUGCCAGGCAGAGAUUGAGCUCUGGAGAAUCAUGGUCCGGUCUGUUUCCUUGCAAGAAGAGGUCCGGUCAGAUCUUUAUGGCAAUGUUGACGAAGAGCCCAUUGUACGAGGAUGGUGAGCUUUUUGGUAUUAUCACUGUUUCGAAUGAUGCUUCAUUCAUUAAUACAAAUUCGAAGGACACAAGUACUCAUGAGGAUAAUGAUCAACCUGGUGCACGAGGAAUAAAUUUCAAAAGGAUUCAAUGGAAUCAACGACCACAAAUUGCAUCAUCUGUUUCAAAUCUGGCCUCGCAAGUUUUCUCACUGAAUCGUGGAGAAGAUGCAUGCGAUGCUUCUGCAGAUGCAAGCGCGAGGGAUGAGUCUGAUUUAGACUCCAAAGAAGGAAAACCACUGAAGCCACCCAGAGCACCUGCAGCACGGCUGAGUUUCGGUUUGCUCGGUGGAAGGAAUAGAGCUAACACAGAGAGAUCUGAGAAGGAUGAUUCUACAUUCGACAUUGUUCAGCCUUCCAAACUUGCAGCAAAGGUUAUGUCAAAGUUGAACUUUGCGGGAUUUGGUCACCUUAGUAAAGAAAAAGGUCAACAGAAUGGCAAUGGCAGUGCUCCUGUUGGUGAGGAUGUAGCUGAAGCACAUCCGCCAGCAGCGUCUGAUUCUUCAGCAGAAUGUUGUCACUUUGUUGAUGCACGUCAUUGCUUUCAGAGAAACCAGAAAGGAUCUUGUUUUGAUCCAGGAGGAACAUGUGCCCCUACAACUAGGCACGGUGUUGUAGAGGGUCCCGGAGGGUCCUCCUCAAGGAACUCCGAUAAAUUUCCCGAGGCACUUGAAAUUCCUGAACAGAUUCCAGGAUCGUGUAUGAGUGAUGAACUCCAGCAAUCGCCAAAGUCAGGUGGGAGCACAGAUAACCAUGGAAAUUCAUCAUCCAAAAUUGAGAAUGAGUCGAGCUUGAUAGCAGAUUGUGAGAUUUUAUGGGAAGACAUUAGCCUAAAGGAGGAAAUUGGACGAGGUUCAUAUGGUGUUGUGUAUCAUGGAAUCUGGAACGGAUCGGAUGUUGCCGUUAAGGUUUACUUUGGGAAUCAGUGCAAUGAGGAAACAUUGCUCGACUACAAAAAGGAGGUUGAAAUAAUGAAAAGACUCAGACAUCCUAACGUGUUGCUAUUCAUGGGGGCCGUAUAUUCACAAGAAAAAUCUGCCAUCGUCACAGAAUUUUUACCCAGGGGAAGUCUUUUCAAAACGCUUCACGGAAAUAAUCAGUCAUUAGACUUCAGACGGCGUCUUAGGAUGGCCCUCGAUGUGGCAAGAGGUAUGAAUUAUUUGCAUCGCCGCAACCCACCUAUUGUGCAUAGAGACCUGAAAUCUUCAAACCUGCUAGUUGAUAAAAGUUGGACCGUCAAGGUUGGAGAUUUUGGCCUAUCGAGAUUUAAAAAUGCAACCUUUUUAACAACAAAAUCUGGGCGAGGGACGCCCCAGUGGAUGGCUCCUGAAGUACUUCGAAAUGAACCUUCAACAGAAAAAUCUGACGUCUUCAGUUUCGGUGUGAUCCUAUGGGAACUAAUGACUGAAUCUAUUCCAUGGAACAACCUUAACUCUUUACAGGUUGUCGGAGUUGUUGGAUUUAUGGAUCGUAGAUUGGAAAUUCCAGAAAAUCUUGAUACUCGAGUUUCUGCAAUCAUCCUCGAUUGCUGGAAAAGCAAUCCAGCACUCCGUCCAUCGUUCCAAGACAUAAUCCAAAGGACGACAGACAUAAUGCUCUCGUUUACAGGAUUAACGACAGCUAGGAAGAACACGGGGACAUAAUAUCAAUACACGAAUCGACAGGUUUACCUUUAAAGGCAUAUAUGUUGGAAUUCUUAGUCUUUUAGAAUAUAUAUAGUGAGUAGCCAAGUUUCGCUGGAAAAUUACACUGUGUAGAUAUGUUAAAUCUUCAUGUUUCGUUGGAAAAGUACAAUGUAAACGCUUUUUGAUGUAUGUAUAGAUUCCCCUUCGCUUCUUCGUGCA